AUGCGUGCGAAUGCGACAAGAACAGCCUCGAUGAGGUCACUUCAGAUCUGCUUACUGGCGGUGGGCACCUUUGUACUCGCUAAAAUGCUCGGUCGGCACUGGAACCGCCACGAUCGUGGCCGUUACGAUGAAUGCCGCGGAAAAUCUGGCUAUCGCGCCCGAAAAUCUUCUCCGGCGGCGUGGAAAGAGAUGAUUGAAGGCUCCGAGGCGCAGUGA